AUGGUACGCGCCCACUUCACCAGCAGAGCCCUGCUCGCCCUUCUCAUAACCGCCAUCCCCAUCUCAGCAUGCGGCGAUGAAGAACACCUGUUAUCCCCUCUCCCCCGCCGUCAAACCGCCGACAACAACACAUCCGUCGGCGGGCCCACCACCUCCUCCCCUCACCUGACCACCGUCUCAGACCACGUCGACUCCCUCGCCGAAGAGCUCUGGCCCAUCAGCACCGAGAUCCACGAGAAUCCGGAGCUCGGGUACGAGGAAUUCCUCGCCCACGACCUGUUGACCACGUACGUGGCGUCCAAGGCGGGCUGGGAGGUGACGCGGUCGGCAUUCGGCAUCAACACGUCGUUCGUGGCCGUGUUCGACGGCGGGCACGGCGCCGGGCCCGUCGUGUCCUUCAACGCCGAGUACGACGCUCUGCAGGGGCUGGGCCACGGCUGCGGCCACAACCUCAUCGCGACCGCGUCCGUCGCCGGCGCCCUGGCCGCCGCAGAAGUCAUGCGUAGGGAGUCGCUCCCCGGCAAGGUGGUGCUGUUCGGCACGCCCGCGGAGGAAUCGCUGGGCGGCAAGGUGCGCAUGCUCGAGGCGGGCGCCUUUUCCCAGCACGACAUCGACGUCAGCAUCAUGGCGCACCCGGGCCCCGGUGGCGACGCCAGCGACGCCGCCUACACCUUCGCCAUGGCCACGGACCGCUUCGACGUCGAGUACCACGGCAAGCAGGCGCACGCGGCCGCGUCGCCGUGGCUGGGUGUGAACGCGCAGGACGCCAUCGCGCUGGCGUACUCGGCGCUGGGCCUGAUGCGGCAGCAGAACCGGCCGUCGGACCGGGUGCACGGGCGGAUCGCGACGGCGGACGGCGCCGUCAAUAUCAUCCCGGACUCGGCGAGCGCCGUCUUCCAGAUCCGGUCCGACACGACGGAGAACCUGGCCCCGCUGAUCGAGCGGUUCGAGAAGGCCAUGGAGGCGGGCGCGAUGGGGACCGGCGCCACCAUGAACCUGACCAUGCGGCCGUAUGGGUACAGCGACAUGGUCAACAAUGACGUCCUGACCAAGCACUACAGGGAGUGGUUCGACGGCUCGAUCCCGACCGCCGAGGAGGAGAAGCUCAAAGGAGCUGGAGGAUCGACGGAUCAGGGCAACGUCAGCCACGACUUCCCGGCCCUUCACGCCUUUUUUGGUAUCUUUGGGGAGGACGGCGAGGCCACCACCGCCAGUGUGCACAGCGAGGGUUUCAGGGAGGCGGCCAAGACGAGGAAGAGCUUCGACAAGGCGCUCAAGGCCGCCAAGGCCCUGGCCGGCACGGCGGUCGACGUGCUGACCGUUGAGGGUCUUUUGGACGAGGUCAAGAAGGAGUUUCAGCAGAGCACCAAAAAGGAGGUCGCACAAAGACUUGCAAGGUUGAGGAGAAGAAUGAUCAAGCAAUAG